GAAGUGACUCGCAGCCACUGCAGUGACUCUGGCUCCCAGGCUCCCGGCGAGAUCCCCGAGUCCUGGUGGCUGGUGCUGGGAGCCCGGAGACCUGGCUGCAGGCAGAAGAGGGGAAUCUCCAGCCGUGCCCUUCCCGCUGCUCCCCGGGAGCCUCUCCCAGGGCAGAGCCCCCAGCUUGGCCAGGGCCCCCUUCCCGGACCGGCCUCUGCCCCAGGGGGGCCCCGCUCGGAGGGAAGAUGCCGGUGACCUUCGAGGAGGUAGCUGUGUAUUUCACCGAGGGGCAGGGGGCUCUGUUGGACCCUGCUCAGAGAGCCCUCUACAGGGACGUCAUGCAGGAGAACUAUGAGACGGUGACCUCGCUAGGAUUCCCCGCUCCCAAACCUGACCUGAUCGCCCGGCUGGAACGAGGGGAAGAGCCGUGGGUCCCAGAUCUCCAGGCCUCUGAGGAAAGAGGGAGCCCAAGAGGCACCUGCACAGCAGGUGAUAGGACAGUGAGUGAGAACAAGGAGGAGAUUCAGCAGCAGGAAGGUCCUGGGAAAGUGGAACCGCAGGAGAUGUUUUUGAGAAGAGCUGAAGGGAAUUUUUCCCAGUGCUUGGAGCAGAGAAAUGCCUGGGGAGAUCGACACAGAUCAGAGAUGCAGCUGGAAAACUAUACCAGGAAGAAACUGGAUGAAUCCACUGAACGUGGCAGAAGAUGUAAAGAUCACAAGGAAACCACAGUCCAGCAGACAAGUCACAAUGAAGAGAAACCCUACAAAUGCCUUGACUGUGGGAAAAGAUUCCGAUUCAGUGCAAACCUUCUUACACAUUGGAGAACCCACACAGGAGAGAAGUCCUAUGAAUGCUUGGACUGUGGGAAAAGCUUCCCUGAGAAGUCAAACUUUAUUACACACCAGAGACUGCACACAAGAGAGAAACCCUAUAAAUGCCUUGAGUGUGGGAAAAGCUUUAGUCAGAGGUCACAGCUUAUGGCACAUCACAGAACCCACACAGGAGAGAAGCCCUAUAAAUGCUUAGACUGUGGGAAAAGCUUCAGUAGGAAGCAAUCUCUUAUUGUACACCAGAGACUGCACACAGGAGAGAAACCCCAUAAAUGCCUUGAGUGUGGGAAAAGUUUUAGUCAGAGCUCACAUCUUAUUUCACACCACAGAACCCACACAGGAGAGAAGCCCUAUAAAUGCGUAGACUGUGGGAAAAGCUUCAGUUGGAAGUCACUCCUUAUUAUACACCAGAGAGUACACACAGGAGAGAGACCCUUUAAAUGUCUUGAGUGUGGGAAAAGUUUCAGCAAAAGUUCAUCCCUUACUAAACAUGGAAGAAUUCACACAGGAGAAAGACCCUAUAAAUGCCUUGAGUGUGGGAAAAGUUUCAGUGUGAAAUCAACCCUUAAUACACAUCAGAAAACCCACACAGGAGAGAAACCACAUAAAUGCUUGGAGUGUGGGAAAAGCUUCAUUCAGAAAUCAAAACUUAGUAUACACCAGAGAGUGCACACAGGAGAGAGACCGUAUUAAUGCCUUGACUGUGGGAAAACUUUCAUAAAGUGCUCACACCUUAUUAAGCGUCAGAGAAUUCACACAAGCAACAAACCCUAUAAAUGCCUCAACUGCAGGAAAAGUUUCAUUGACAGAAUAAAACUUACUAAUCAUCAGGCAAUCCACACAGGAGGGAGACCCCUUAAAUGCUUGGACUGUGAGAAAAGCUUCAUACACAAAUCAAAAUUUACUGCACACCAGAGAGUGCACACAGAAAGAGACGCUAUAAAUGCCUUAAGUGUGGGAAAACAUUCAGUCGCGCUCAUACCUUAUGAAACAUGGGAGAAUCCCCAUUGUAGAGACGCAUUAUAAAUGCCUUGACUGUGGGAAAAGCUUCAAUAAGAGCUCAGCACUUACCAAACAUGAGAGAAUCCACAAGGCUGAGAGACCCUAGGAAUAGCUUGACUGUGGGAAAAGAUACAGUUUGACUUCACGCUUCAGUGAGCCACACAACAGAGAGACCUGGAAUGUGGGGGAAGGUUCAUUUGGUGCUCCCAGAGUGUCAGGCAUCUGCAAAUCCGCACAGGGAAGAAACUUCUGAGAAGUUGUCAGCGUGGAAAAUGCUCCAAGUGGAGCUAACGCCAUGCUGGACAUCAGAGACUCCUCCACACAGCAGGGAAAUUCUCUGAGUGCCCUGACUGGAGCCAGCCAUGGUGACAAGCCCAUUUCCUCGUUCCCGCACACAUCAGGGGGAUUUCGCUCUCAAGGACCCAACUGCCCAUUGCUGGGGUGAGGAUCCAGGAGCAGUGGAGCAGCAGCUGGUCAGUGACCCUCUGGGUCUGCCUGGUCUAAGCAAACCCCAGGCAGAGGAGGAGAAGCCCCCAUCUGCCCGUGCUCCAGCCCUGACUGCUGAGCUGAUGGGCCACAGGGUGGGGAAGGGAGAGAGAGAAACUCCUCCAGCUGCUCCCUCUGCCUGGCUGAAGUCCCCCCCUCCGUCCCUUCCCCUCCCAGCCAGGAUCCACCUGCCAUGGAGAUGAAGAGAAGGACACUUGGGCCAGGCUGCACCUUCACUCUAGACCCCUGUCUCCACCCCCAUCUUCCACCAGUCCCUGGGCUGGGCUCCCCCACUUACCUGGAGCUGUUCCCUGCAGGUGAAGUGUCCCUGGGGGCUGGUAACUUCUCCCUCCCCAAAUUCCCCAGGGUGCUGGGCUCCAGGGUAUCAAUUGUUAAGGGACCAGGGUGAUGGGUUAUGGGGAGGACACUGGGGAUUGAACGGUUGGGGCUGGUGGCGCCGGGAAGCAGGAGGAGCUGGGUGCUGGGGCUGUCGAGUGUUUGGGGAUGAUGGGAUAAGAGGCGAGGGAGAGCACAGGGGUAGAGAGGUGCUGCCUCUUCUCACUCACCCCCUCUGCCCCUUCUCCCUGCCCCCGCUGCAUUCAGACAGCACCAUUAGCAGAGACUGAUUCCCACAGGGCCUUUUGUUGCAAGCUUGGAUUUCCCACCUCUGCUACAGCAGCAUUGGCCUCUGAGAGGGAAGCAGCGUUGCCUAGUGGAUAGAGCACUGGCCUGGGACUCAGGAGACCUCGCUCUGUUCCCAACUCUGUCAGCAGCUUGCAGGGUGACCUGAGACAAAUCUGUGCCUUCCAGAGAGGGAAUAAAUGGGGAGGGAUGAUAUCAGCCUCCGAGUGUCUGUCUAGGGCGGGAAAAGUGGUUGGGAUUAGCUAGUGCGUCUCCUUUGUUCCUUCUCCCCUUUUUCUAAUCUAGACUGACCCUGAGCAGUUUAUUCCAAUCCCCCAUUAGCAAAGUGAUUGUCAGAGUCACUAAGUGCCCCCUUUGCAGUGAGAUUGUCUCAUUCCCAGACAUCCUCACACUGCUCCAGGUUAUGCUGAAAAGCAUUUAAUUUUUUGUGCUGUUUCUCCCUUAUACACCAGCAUUCAAUAGAUUCUAAAAAAGCGGGAGCAGGGAUAGUAAAAUAAUGUGGUGUUUUAACUUCUGUGUUAUUUGAGAGGGAUAGGGUGAAUCUGGGGGAUUUCCUCCUUCCCCAUCAACCUCACACAUCUUCUCUCACAGAGCAGCCUCAGUUUGAACCAUGGAGAGUUUAUCCUUUUCCCUUUCAACCCCUCCACCUUCAUGUGUAUCAUUUAUCACAGUGUCCUUUUCCCACCAUGCUUAGGAAUCAGGCUUUGAUUUCUUUGAACCUCAGUUAGGCCCCUGAGGGCUGGAGAAGAAAAUGUCACAUUCCUGAAGGGGGAAUUCAGAUGAACCCCAAAGCACAGUUUGAGCUUCAAUCUCAGCCUCCAUCUAUUGGUACAGUGGCAUCUGGAGUUUUUCCAGCCAAAUACAGAUCAUUUGUAGAUAGGAGGUUUUUGGUUGUUUGUCUUUUUCCCCUUCUUUCUUUUAUGACAACAAUGCUAAAACUUUUGUCAAUAACCCAGCCAAAUAAUGCAGCCGUGCUGAGUAAAGCAGUUUUAGCCUGCUCAGCAGGAAAUGGGAAAAUUUGUUCCCAAGAUUUUGAGUUUUAGGAUUCUCUGGGAUUUCACUUCAUGAACGGGAAAGUGGUUUGUAGCCCACCCUGGACUAUGUUUUUUUCUCUUUUUGAUGAAGGUUGUUUUGUCAUGUAUUUUGAUAUUAAAUUAGUUUGACAGGAUGUAGUUCAGAUUUCUUGGGGACUGCAAAAGACAAAUGAUAAUUUGCCAAAAUAGUCCUUACUGAUUUUCCUUUCACAUCCGAUUUGCUUCUUCUUUGAACAAGGAAAAUAAUCAGUAUCUGUCAGCAAAAACUAUGAGGGCAAGUUCUGGAUACGGACUCCAAGAAUCAGAAACUGAAAUAGGGAACGAAGUUACUUUCUGAUCACUGUACGGUGACCAGAUCGCAAGAGUGAAAUAUCAGGACACAUUGGGCGAGGGGGGCUGGGGGGGGGGUGAACAGACGACAGACACAGGUGCACAGCCCCGACCGGAGCCAUGAGAGAGGGCACACAGCCCUAGGAAGCUGCAAGAGGGGUGUACGGCACCUGCUGCAGCCCGCUCCACAAGCCACAGGGCAAGGACUCAUGGCCCCAGCUCCAGCCCCCAAUAGAAGUCACGGGGCCAGGGGACAAUGGGACAUGCAUGGCAUGGCCAGAGGCACACUGGUCUGCCUGGCCCUGUGCUACCAGCGUGCCCCUUCCUGUUGGGGGUGGGCCCAUGCUGCGCCACACAGCUCCCCUGCCCAGUGCCCCCUGGAUCCGCUAGGCCUUGCACCCCCUGAGCAAAUGCACAGUGUUGUGCAUGCCACCACCCCUACCCAGCGCCCCCCUGCCCACAGCCCCACCACACCUGCCCAGCACCCCACACAGAACCCCCACUUGCUAGUUUCCCAAUACACACAGAUUUCCCCGUGCCCUUCCCCACAGCCCCACCACCACAACUACACAAUGCCCCACACAGACCCCCACUGCCCAGGACCCCUCAACAGGGCCCCACUGCCUAGCACCCCAAAACACACAAACCUCCCCCACUGCCCAGCACCCUCCACACCCUCACAGCCCAGUGCCCCUCACACACCUCCCAGACACUCACCAUCGCACCCUGCCCCCUUCCCUGGCCGCACUCACCAGCCCUGCUGGGAGGUCUCUGGCUCCUAGGGUGAGAGCGGCGAGGGGGGUCUCCAGACUCUCCAUGUGCUGCACCAGCCAAAAGCGCGAGCUCCGUGGUUCCCAUUGGCCGGGGAAAGUGCCAAUGGGAGCUGCUGGAGCCGCGGAGCGGGGCUUGCAGGCGCCGGCAGCAAGCAGAGCCCCCCCACCCUAAGAGUCAGAGGGACCUGCCAGGGGGUGAGGUGGGGAGUCUCAGCAGUGCUUACCUGGCGCGGAUCCCGUCCCGGGAAGCAUCCGGCAGGCAGAUCCCUCUGGCUCCUAGGGUUGCGGGUCGGGUAGGCGGGAGCAGAGGGUUCUCUGCCCUCUGCCGGCGCCUGCAAGCCCUGCCCCUGCAGCACGCAGGAGAGCCCUCCUCGCUGCCUCUGUGCCUUGGGCCGCACUUCCGGCUCCUGCCAGCGGGCGGGCGCCGGGAGCUGCCCCAGGAAGAAGCGGUGAGCGGCGCCGGCGGCUGUGGUCCGGACAGUCCCCGAUAUCGGGACAAAGGGCAUCCCGACCGAUAUAAGGUCGGGACACGGGACAAGUCCCCUAAAAUUGGGACUGUCCCAAUAAUAUCGGGAUGUCUGCUCACCCUAGAUCACUGCAGUGAUGUGAGAUACAGCCAUGAGGGGGAGAGGGUGGUUUGGUGGGUGGCCAGGGCCUUGAAAGGACACUGUUUGCUCUUGCGAGCCAGAGAGCUGAGUCUGAGAACUGUGAACUCACUGCAGAAGUCCCAGAGAGAGAGGAAAUGUUCUAUGAGUGCUGGGUAAAGUCGUCCUUGAACUCUAAAGGGCUAUCAGUGAAGCCCCAAGAGGAUUGAUGUGAAGAGGGGUCAUCCUCUUCCCCAUUGCUGAGAGGAGGAGGCUGGGAAAAUGCCUCUCUCAUGGAUUGUUAGCACUUUUCUACCAGCUUUAACUUGUUCCUCUUUCCCUGGGGCGCAUGUGUGGCAGGAGCAGCAAUGUGCUGAGCUGGGGCUCAAAAGCACCAUGCUGAGCUGGGCAUUCGAUUAUUGGGGGGGAAUUAGCUUUUAUUUCUUGGUUUGAAAAGAAUAAAGUAGAAUUUAGUUUCUCAAACUCCCAGUGUCCCUUGUCUUGAAUAAUGUGGCGGGGGGGAGGAGAAGAGAAAGAAUGGUCUUUAAUGGACUCACUCAGAUGCUGUCUGCCUUUCACCCAUUGACGGAGCUGAGAAUAAGGCUGGUAUCAUUCUGGGGUGUAUUAAUGUGAGAGUUGUAGGUAAGUUGCGGGAGGUCAUUGUCCCGCUCUGCUCAGCAGUGGGAAGGCCUCAGCUGGAGUCCUGUGUCCAGUUCUGGGCGCCACACUUUACAAAAGAUGAAGACAAAUUGGAUUGAGUCCAGAGGAGAGGAACAGAAAACGAUCAAAGAUUUAGAAAACCAGAGCUGUGGGGAA